CUUUUUCUUGCCAGGGCAGCCCUGCAUCCCCCUCUGCUCCCAGCCCUGGCAAAGGCAGUGGGCCAGCCUGCUUAGCAUGCGUCUGGCAUUGCUGGGAGCAGUCACUGCUGCUAAGGAGCCGAGCCCGGCGGCCACGAGCAUCCCCGUCCAGCGUCCCCCCCAUCCUGGCUCGUCAUAUGAUUUCUCCUAAGGGACAACUGCUGAGUGGGACUGUGUCUCCAAGCUGAUCCUUUGCUGAUAAGCCUGCUGCCAAGCCUCCACUGCUGAAACAAGAGAGCUUUUCUCUUCCCAGCAGGGUUUUUCUGCUGUGAAUGACAGAGAAAGGGGUAAAAGUGAGCUGCCUGGCACUCCUCGUGGACGAGAGGCUUUGGGGGUUCCUUCUCCCCCGCUGUGCUGGCAGAUCAUGGAGCUUUUCAGGCUGAGCCUGGGCUGCAUUUGCCUCCUUCCUUGGAUUGAGGUAGCAGAGGGACAAGGCUUCCUCAUAAGGAACACCCGGCUGGAAAAGUGCAUCCGGGCCUCCCACGAGACCAGCAGCAUCAGCCUGGCCAGCUGCAAGGAGCACUCUGGGCAGCAGCAGUGGGGCUGGGACCCCGACACGGGCACCAUCGUCAGCCUGCACACCAAGCAGUGCCUGUCGGCGCACCGGGCGCGCCACAACGCUCUGGUCAAGCUGGAGCCCUGUGGAGACUGGGAACACCAGGCAUGGUCCUGCAGCAAGAAGGGACACUUGACCCUGCAGAGCCUGGGCUUCCACCUCGGCACCAAGGAGGGAGGCCACAAGGUCUUUGUCUCAAGGGAGAAGGACAAGUUCAGCAGGUGGAAGACGCUGGCAGAUGAAACCAUCUGUGCUGCUGCCCGGACAGCAGCUCAGAGGCCCAGCAAGCCAACACAACAAGCUCUAGACACACGUGUGUGGAUCUAUGAAACUAAAACCAUUGGUUCAUCAAAGAUUGAUGCUGCGGACAGAGAAUCUUCUGUGAGCCUGACUGACUCCCCUCUGGCUAACAAAUUCAACAGCACAGUGUUCCCACUCAGGACCAAACAGGCACAGCUCCCGGCAAAUGAGGAUCCAUCCCACAACCAUUCCAAGAAGCAUGGAAAUCGGGGGAAAAAUGCAGGGGCCAGGCUUGCAGGCACGAAUUGGAAGACUGCCAUGCUGGUUCUCAGCCCCUUGGCAUUCAUACUGGGAUUAAUAAUACUGACACUCAAUGUUCACUACAACAAGAAAAAGAAAAUCCUCUCUGCUCUGAAGAGCUCUCCAGCCAACAGCAGCAGAGCUGAUUUACGGGAGCCAGCCCCCCUGCGAAGAGGUGCCCAGCCUUACCUCCCACCAUCCCGCUCCCCCUCCCUGAGGCGAGGAGAGAUCCUCAUCGAGUGGAAAGAUGGGACUGUUACUCCUCUUUUUGAUAACAUCAAUUACCAAGUGGACUAGCUCCAAAGUGACAGAGCUUUUGCUCCGUCCCGUGUCAGUGCUCUCACCAGGAAGAGUGCCACCGCAGCUGAUCUCCUCCCUGCUCUCGCUGUUUGGAUACUGUUUGGGGUUUUUUUUUAAACACUUGAGUACUAUCUCCUCGCACAGCACAAGGCUGAAGCAACCAGAGUAGAUUGUUUGGCUUGUAUAGGCACACGCUGCAAUUCCUGAGCUGCUUUAACCCAUAACAAACCCCAGGUUUCCCUAAAAUAAGCUGGAACUUUUGCUAGCUGCAACUGCCCAUUGAACCAAAAUUAGAGUUACUGAGCAUAUGAAAAAGUGAGUCUUUGAAGACAAGGCAAAAGGUAAAAACCAGAAAUCUUGAUGAUCCUUAAACUCUUUUUAAGAUAAAACUAGCUGCCAAUAGACACAGAAGGCCUUCAGUUACAUUGUCAGUGUGAUAAUGUAAUUGAUAAGCACCGCCUUCUAUAAAAUCUUUUCCAGGUAUCUGCCAAAAUAUUCAGCUCCACUAAGCUGUAAAUCAAGCAGCCGCAAGACAUUUUUCUAACUUAAAAAGUAGCACUCCUCUGUCCUCUCUGCAUCACUGCAAAAGCCCUGCUGAGAGAGCAUGUGUCUCUCAAAACGUUUCCAUAUUUAGGAUGUACUAAACCUUAUUAUAACACACAUCCUCUUUUAUUAUAUAGACUGGCAAGUAAUGUCAGUCAUGCUUGUUGGGGAUAUUGCAUAUAGAGCCACUUUAUACCACCUUCAGUCUCUGAUUUCCUAUAAUCAUAUGGAAUAGUCAAUGAAUAGAUACAUUGCUCCACCAGAGCAGUAAUCUGGUUCUUUUUCUUUUAGAGGAGUAAGAUAUUGUUUUCAGCCUUUACACUUCUUAUUUCAGCAUAAUUACCUGUGACUUUCACAAUCAAUCCUGAGCUUUUCUCAGUGAAAUUUGCAGUGUCUUAGCACUUUCCUAAUAUUCAUGAAUGUAUGCUUUCUUUCUGUCUGAUUUUGAGAUGAUGUAAUCAUGGCUAUAAGUCAAGAAUUACGUGGAGAAAGAAAUAACACCACCAGGAAAUUACAAGUGUGAGCUAUGUCAGUGUAUUUGUUCAGUAGAGUAAGGGAAACCAUACCCUCACAUCUCUUACUUGAGCAAAGCCUUUCACUUGACCUAAAUUAAGCUGUUCUGCUAUUUCAGUGUAGCUUGGACUUCUCUUGAGUUUAGUUUUAUUUAACCUA